GUUUCUUUGUUAAUGGUUGGAAAGAAAGGAAUGAAAAGUACUGCAAAUAAACCUGUCCAGUUUAGUUAUCGAACGAAGAUACUUAUCAUGCCAUCAUGUUGCUAUCAACCUUUAUUUCAAGAGAUUUCAUUCAAUUGAACAAUCAAAUUGCAUUAAUCAAUUGAUUACUGAGUUACCUGACCUCUAUAGGGAUUAUUAUGAACUGCUGAUAUCAGAGAUAAUAUCAAGUUAUACAGCUGAAGUCAGCUUUGUAAACAAGCAACAAGAAAAGGUUGUUGGUGACAGUUGUUGAGAUAAUUUUUCCUUCAUUCUUUAGUUGUUUGUGUUGACUUUUUCCUAAUUCUGACUUGUGUUACCAUUUCAAGUUUCUAUGUAAUUAGUGGGGAUAAAAGAUUUUUGUCUUUCCAUUUUAAAUAAACAUUGGAAAUCGAAAAUGGAUCCGUUGAUCGGCUUAUUUGGCCAUAAAAGUUCUAACUGUUCUAGUGGACACUUGGAGGGUAACUGUGAAUUUGACGAUGAUACAGGAGGAUUAAUGGUUGACAACAGCAGCGAUUCUUCUAAUAGCAUUAACUAUCUACCUCCUGAAUGUGCAGAAGGUAAUAUUGAGUACAAAUUAAAAUUAAUUAAUCCGUCGCAAAGUAGAUUUGAACAUUUGGUCACACAGAUGAAAUGGAGACUCAGAGAAGGUCAUGGAGAAGCUAUCUAUGAAAUUGGUGUUGAAGAUAAAGGUUUAUUGGUUGGUUUAACUGAGGAAGAAGCAGAUUCUUCCCUCCGAACCUUAUAUUUGAUGGCUGAGAAACUUGGAGCAACUGUUACAAUCUUAAGGGAAAAGAUUGUCAGCCCAGCAACGAGUUCAACCAAGAGAAAAGUGAUGGAAGUUUUAAUCAGACGAGUUCCUGAUGAUCAAGGAUCGAUUGAACUUCGAGUUGCUGUUUUAGGAAACGUCGAAGCUGGAAAAAGUACCUUACUUGGUGUACUGACUCAAGGUGAGCUUGAUAAUGGUCGUGGAAGUGCUCGACUUAAUCUUUUCCGACAUCGCCAUGAAAUUCAAAGUGGCCAUACAUCAUCCAUUAGUCGAGAAAUUUUGGGUUUCGAUAGUCGAGGAUGCCCUGUAACGUAUAAUGUUUGCCGAACCCCUGAAGAAAUUUAUGAAUCAUCUUCUAAGUUAAUAACAUUUAUAGACCUUGCUGGUCACCAGAAAUAUCUAAGAACUACUAUAUUUGGAUUGAUGGGACAUUCUCCCCAUAUUGCAAUGCUAGUAGUUAGCGCAGUUGCCGGUCUUGCCGGGACAACACUAGAACACCUUGGGUUAGCGUUGGCCUUGGAUGUGCCAAUAGUCAUUGUUGUUAAUAAAGUUGAUCUCUCUACCAGUGAAACUACCAAGGACACUCUCAACAAACUUGAAUCUUUACUUAAAUCACCGGCCUGUAAAAAGCUUCCAAUCAUAAUUAACUGUAAAGAUGAUGCAAUUACUGCUGCCAGUUCGAUGGCAUCCAAUAUCACACCGAUAUUUAAAGUGUCUUGUUUAAAUGGCACUGGACUUGACCUCUUAUAUACUUUUCUCAAUGUGUUCUCUCCAUGCCUAAGCAAUAAGGAUGUAGAUAAACUGAUUCAAAAGGAUGCGGAAUUUCAGGUUGAUGAAACGUUUCAUGUAACUGAGGUUGGAACUGUUGUUGGUGGAUUGUUAACUUCAGGUAUUCUAAAGGAAGGCAAUUGGAUUCAAAUUGGACCUAAUAUCGAAGGAAAUUUUGUUAAAGCUCAAAUACAAUCAAUCCAUCGGUAUAAAGUUCCAUGUCGAGUUGUCCGAGCCGGAGAAAGUGCUACAUUAGCUUUAGCUAAUAAAGAACCUGAAUCUUUAGAGCAAUUGAGAAAGGGAAUGGUGAUUGUAUCGUUGACUCGCGAACCUCAUCUAGAAAACUCAAUUUGUCUAUAUUUUCAAGCUCGUAUGCAUGUACUUUAUCAUGCAACUAUGAUCUCAUCAGGUUACCAAGCAACUGUUCAUAUUGGUAAUAUUUGUCAAACAGCAGUUGUUAUUGCAAUUAUGGGGAAAAGAGGAAUCACAACAAAUGAAACAGCAUCAAUAAUGCUCAAAUUCCUUCGACAACCAGAAUAUGUCCAUCCAGGAUGCCGAGUACUCUUCCGUGAAGGACAAUCUAAAUGCAUUGGACAAGUUAUCCAGAUAUUUCCUAUCUCUGAACCUCAGAAUUGGCUUGAGGCAAUGUGAAAGACAUAUUUUUUGUAUCGCAAUUAUUUUCUGUUUUUCUGUUUUGUUUUUAGGGAAAAGAAAAUGAAAAUGAUUAAGCGAUAGAAGAACGAGAUUAGUUCACUCGUUGUUCAUCUGAUAUCCUCGUCUUAUGGUUAUCAAAAAAGGCAAAGACUUGACUAUGCGAUGUCGUUCAAAUCUUAAAUUAUAUGAGAAACAAAAUGACCAAAUUGAAUCAUAAUUAGAUCGAUCAAUAUCGCUCUAAAUGAUAUCAUUUAGCUUCGUUUGACUACUGACAGGUUGAAUAAUGGCUAAAACUGUCUAUUUCAAUAUUUAACGGAACAAUCUUUGUUUCAUUCGAUAACUAUUUCUUUAACCACCUCAAUAUUUAUUGAGCAUAAUAAUUAUGAAAACUUGACCUCACUCAUUAAGAUCUAUUCCCAUACCUCUGACCAUAUAUUUAACUCUGUGUUUUAAAAUUAAGACAACCAUUUCUAAAUAAUUCUCGUUAUAACUUUAAAAUGACAGAUUACUAAAUCCAUAUUUUUUCUCUUGAUUGUUUUGAAUUCUCAGCAAAGUACUAAUGUUUAUUAAUCAUAAAUGUAAAAAUGAAAUUAAUUACUGAAUCGGUUAAAUGUAUCUUCCAUUUGUUUUGAAAAUUAUGUUUAUUUGUCGCGAAUAAAUAUUUACUUGUUUCAA